GAAUUAUGUAAAAAUUUGAUAAAGAAACAUUAUACUAUAUAUUGCGUACUUACCCAUGCAAGAUGCUAUACCGGAAGAGGAGGAAGAGGUUGAAGAACUUCUUGCAUCUAAAUCGCACAACAAAAGCAUAGCUAUGGUGAAGGAAACCUCUCUAUCUUCACAAAUAGUAAAUAAAAAUUCCUUUAUUGACGGUAUUGACGAUUCGGAUUUAGGGUUUAGCUACGUAUCCCCCUCGCAGCGUAGUACCCUUCCCAGAAAAAGUAUCUCGAAUGAUCCUCCAGCACUUGCAGUUGGCUCUUCAAAAGUCAUUAAACACUCGUUUGGAGAUGAUUUGGAAAUAAAAAGUGAGACUAUGAUGGAUGCGGAUGAAUUUGGAGAAAUUCCCGAUGAUACCGAUUACCCAAACGACGAGAAGGAAUACAAUGCGUGGAAAGAAAGGUAUAUACAGCGAAAGCAAGCAUUUUAUGGUUUAACAGAGAACAAAGAGGGUGAAUUGCCUGUUUUAAAAUCGCCAUGAAAUGGUGUAGUAGUGAAAGUGUGGAAUAUUUCACAUUCUAAUCUUGAGGGGUUCGAUAUUUCCUGAACAUGUGUCAUAUAUAAAUAAAUAAAUA